GUAACUAUAGAAACAAGGCUGCCCCGCGAAGGCUAAUGUUUGCUAGCUGGAAACAGUUUCGGGACACGUAGACUUCAUUAAUUUGACAGAAAAUGGAGGAUCGCUUUGCCUUCCUCGCUGAGUGGUAUGACCCGACCGCAGCUCUCCUGCGCCGCUACCAACUGUUCUACUACCCCAAAGAUAGCUCAGUGGAAAUGUUUGAUGUAAAAAAUCAGCGGAUAUUUUUGAGGAGGACCAAAUAUGGCGACCUCCAUCAGGAGGACCUUUUCGUUGGGAAUCGAGUGAAUGUGUUCUCACGGCAGCUCAAUCUGAUCGAAUACGGAGAUCAGUACACGGCAAACAAACUCGGCAGCAAAAAAGAAAGAACGCUCGCUGUGAUAAAGCCAGAUGUUGUCACCAAGAUGGGAGAUGUCCUUGAACUGAUAUACGCCUCCAACCUGAUCGUGACCAAAGCCAAAAUGACGACUCUUACAUGGAGGCAGGCGGCGGACUUUUAUGCGGAACAUCAGUCAAAGCCUUUCUUCAACAACCUGGUGCAGUUUGUGUCCUCGGGCCCCGUGGUUGCCAUGGAGCUGAUGGGUGAUGAGGCCAUGUCUAUCUGGAGGAGGCUCCUGGGACCUGCAGACCCUGCUGCGGCGCGGAGGGAGGCGCCGCAGAGCGUCCGUGCCCAGUUUGGAACAGAUGGCAUCAAAAAUGUUGGUCAUGGCUCUGACUCACUUGCUGCAGCAGCGAGAGAGCUUGAAUUUUUUUUCCCAUCCACGAUUGGCCACGGUCCCUCAAACACAGCCCUCUAUACAGACUGCACCUGCUGCAUCAUCAAACCUCACGCCAUAUCAGAAGGUCUGACCGGGAAGAUCUUGAACUCCAUAUCUGCAGCUGGAUUUGAAAUCUCAGCCCUUCAGAUGUUCAACGUGGACCGGGCAAACGCAGAAGAGUUCUAUGAAGUUUACAAAGGAGUCGUCACAGAGUAUCCUAGUAUGGUGACAGAGCUGUGCUCCGGACCCUGCAUGGUCCUCGAGAUCCACGGCGCCGACACACCGCAGACGUUCAGGGAGUUCUGCGGGCCCGCCGACCCCGAAAUUUCCCGGCACCUUCGUCCGAACACGCUGCGCGCCCUUUACGGCAAAGACAAGGUGAAAAACGCCGUCCACUGUACAGACCUCCCUGAGGACGGUGUCCUGGAGGUGCAGUAUUUCUUCAAGAUUUUGGACGGGUGACGGUGACAAGAAAACAUUACAUAUUCAAAGACUUGACAGUUGUCUCAUUUUUUUCUGUUUUAUUGUUUCAGCCUUAUGCAGAUUAAAUAAAGUGACAAGAGCAGACUCCUGACAAGUGUUUUUGAUCUUCAACAUUGAAUUAAGUAUUUCACACCGACUAAACAUCUUAUUACACGGGAUACUGCAUUGCCUCUGAUAUUCUCUAACUUUUUUGACCAGCGACUUUGGUAUUGGAUUCAUACAUUACACUUUGAAAAAAAUGUACAACUGCAUAAAUAUAAAAUUCUUCCACCAUGAAAAUGGCUAAAACAUUCAAUAGUAAGUUGCAUCACGUCACGUGAUGGCUCCAGCAAAACAGAUUUCAAGCACUGAGUUGCCACUGUUUCCAUGGAGGUGACAGUCUUCUAGGCUGGACCCACAAAGCUCUACACUAUGAAUUAAGAAUGAACAGAUGUAAGAGUAUCAAACAGAAAUGUCAUCAAACCAUAUCCUACAGCUAAAGGUGAACAACAAAGAAAAGGCGUACAAAUGUAUCCUUCCACAGUCAACUUGAACUCGGAUGAAGAAACCCACACUAAAAAAUAAAAAUUAGAUUCCAUGGAGCGCAGUCAUGAACUCAAACACGGGGCCUUAAAGGUUCAGAGUACCAUGCUAGUAUUUCAGUUAGUCAGAGCACAUUGACACACACCCCACAC